AUGAGAGUAAGAAAGAGAACCUCGAGAAGAACCUCUACCCGUAUGAGGGAAGGUAUUAAGAAGAAGGCUGCUGCUCAAAAUAGAAAAGAAAAAAAAUUGGCCAAGAAAGACCCAACAUGGAAGUCUAGAGCCAAGAAGGACCCUGGUAUUCCAGCCAGUUUUCCUUAUAAGGCCAAGAUUUUAGAAGAGAUUGAAGCCAAGAAGUUGAAGGAUCUCGAAGAAAAGGAAUUAGCUAAACAACAAAGGAUGGAAGCCAAGAGAAGAGCACAAGAACUUGGGGAAUUAGAUAUGGAUGCUGACUUAGAAGAAGAGGAGGAUGCUGGUAAUGGUUUGACUGCAUUGAUGGAAUCAGCCCAACAGGCGGCUAUGGCUUACGAAGGCGAUAAUGGCCAGGCUUUUGGCACUGAAGGUGAUCUAGAUAUUGUUGAUCAUGACAUCGAUUUCUUUGCAGGAUCUGAAGAAGGUGACACUGAAUUAGAACAAUCAAGAAAAGCAUACGACAAGAUUUUUAAAACUGUGGUAGAUGCUUCAGAUGUAAUCUUAUAUGUUUUGGAUGCCAGGGACCCAGAAGGAACUAGAUCUAAAAGAGUAGAAGAGGCAGUUCUCCAAAGUCAAGGUAAGAGAUUGAUUUUAAUUUUGAACAAGGUUGAUUUAGUACCCCCAUUUGUGUUAGAACAAUGGCUAAAUGUAUUAAAGUCAAGUUUUCCAACUAUUCCUUUAAAGGCUGCUUCGGGUGCCACUAACAAUACCUCUUUCAACAAGAAAUUAACUCAAACUAUGACUGCUAGUGCUUUGCUGGAUGCAUUAAAAACUUAUUCUAACAACAGCAAUUUAAAGAGAUCAAUCGUUGUAGGUGUGAUUGGUUAUCCAAAUGUUGGUAAGUCUUCUGUGAUCAAUGCCUUGACCACUCGUCGUGGUGGUUCUUCAAAAGCAUGUCCAGUCGGUAACCAAGCUGGUGUCACUACUAGUAUGAGAGAAGUCAAGAUUGAUAACAAAUUGAAGAUUUUAGAUUCACCAGGUAUUUGUUUCCCAAGUGAAAGCACAAAGAAGACCAAGGUUGAGCAAGAAGCUGAGUUAGCUCUUUUGAAUGCGCUACCAGCAAAACAUAUCAUAGAUCCAUAUCCAGCAGUUCUAAUGUUGGUUAAGAGAUUGUCAAAGUCAGAUGAAAUGAGUGAAAGUUUUAAGAAGUUUUUUGAAAUUCCACCAAUUCCAGCAAAUGAUGCUGAAACUUUUACAAAGCACUUUUUAAUCCACGUUGCUCGUAAGAGAGGAAGAUUGAGCAAAGGUGGUGUUCCAAAUCUAAGUAGUGCAGGUAUUUCUGUGCUGAACGACUGGAGAGAUGGGAAAUUCCUUGGUUGGGUGUUACCAAAGGCUUCCAAGGAAGCUACCACUAAUUCCAAUCAAAAAUCUACCAUCAGCACCGGUGCUACACCAGAGCCAACUAAAACCGAACAAACUACCAUUGUAUCAGAAUGGUCCAAAGAGUUUGAUCUGGAUGGAUUAUUUGCAUCCUUAGACAAUGCCAUUUCAAAAUCGAAGGACGAAGACGCUGAAAUGAAUUAG